UUUGGAUAUCAGUAUACCUACUUAGGUAUUGCGAUAAAAGAUGCAGAUUUGAUCGUAUAAUAUAAAAGCAAUGUAAUAAUAGUCAACUGAAAGUGAUAGCGGUGCCUCCUGGCGUGAAGGCAUCAUGGGGACCCUGACGGUGUUAGCGAGCGCCCUGCUGCUGGCGACAGCAGUUACUGCGUACAAGAAUCCCUACUACGCCGAGGGUCGCUCCGUGAACGUCCACCUCUUUGAAUGGAAGUGGGACGACAUCGCCGACGAGUGCGAGCGGUUCUUGGGGCCGCGUGGCUUUGGAGGCAUUCAGAUAUCCCCCCCGAACGAGAAUGUGGUGCUAUGGACGUACAACCGUCCGUGGUGGGAGCGCUACCAGCCCAUGUCCUACGAGCUGGUCACCCGCUCCGGCAACGAGCAGCAAUUCGCUAGCAUGCUGCGCCGCUGCAACGACGCCGGAGUCAGGAUCUACGUGGACGCGGUAAUCAACCACAUGACCGGUGAGCCCCCUGAGAACGUGGGUACUGCUGGCAACACCGCCGUGUUCAGGGAGUGGGACUACCCCGCGGUGCCCUUCAGGCGCGAACACUUCAACUGGCCACACUGCGUCAUCGACGGAAUGGAUUACGUCAAUAAUGCCGAACGGGUACGCAACUGUGAGCUAGUCGGUCUUAAAGAUCUGAAUCAAGCAAACGAACAUGUACGUGAAAAGAUCGUCAAUUUCAUGAACGUACUGAUAGACUACGGAGUUGCUGGUUUCAGGAUUGACGCCGCAAAACACAUGUGGCCGCAAGACCUGCAAGUGAUCUACAACCGUCUCCACGACCUGAACACAGACCACGGCUUCCCAGCCAACGCCCGCCCUUACAUCUACCAAGAAGUUAUCGACUACGGAGGUGAGGCCAUCAGCCGAGAUGAAUACACUCCUAUCGGUGCUGUGACAGAGUUCAAAGUUGGACAAGAGCUGAGCAGAGCCUUCAGAGGAAACAACGCUCUCAGGUGGCUCGUCUCUUGGGGUCCACAAUGGGGACUUUUGAGACACGAAGACUCAUUGACCUUCAUUGAUAACCAUGACAAUGAAAGAGGACACGGCGGCGGCGGUGGAAUGCUGACUUACAAGGAACCAAGGCCUUAUAAGGGAGCUAUUGCCUUCCUCCUUGCCCACCCAUACGGCGAGCCUCAAAUCAUGAGCAGUUUCGACUUCUGGGAUUCCGAAAUCGGACCACCAAUGGAUAGUGCCGGCAAUAUCAUAUCUCCAUCUAUCAACUCGGACAACACAUGCGGCAACGGUUGGAUCUGCCAGCACAGGUGGCGUCAGAUCUUCUCCAUGGUAGCGUUCAGGAAUGUAGCUGCUAACACGGGACUUAACGACUGGUGGGACAACGGGAGCAACCAGAUCGCCUUCUGUCGCGGUGGCAACGCUUUCAUCGCUUUCAAUAACGAUGCUUGGGAUCUUAACGUAACCUUACAGACGUGUCUCCCAGCGGGUAGGUAUUGCGACGUGAUAUCAGGCCUGAAGGUGGGUGACUCGUGUCAAGGCAAGACAGUGACGGUAGGCAACGAUGGGCGCGCGCAAAUCUUCGUCGGCGCCAACGACUACGAUCUUAUGCUCGCCAUACAUAUCGGGGAGGAGAGUCGCCUGUAAGUACACCGAAAUCAACAAAGACCUAUCCAAAAUAAUAAUUCCAUGUAUUAUGAUUAUGUAA